AUGGCAGCCCUCAAUGGCGCCGUGGAGAACGGGCAGCCCGACAAGAAAGUGCCUCCGCUGCCGCGGCCCCUGCGCAGCCUGGAGGUGAAAUACACCAAGAUAUUUAUUAACAACGAAUGGCACGAGUCUACAAGUGGAAAGAAGUUCCCCACCUACAACCCUUCAACUCUGGAGAAAAUCUGUGACAUUGAGGAAGGAGAUAAGCCUGACGUGGAUAAUGCAGUGGAGGCAGCGAAGGCAGCGUUCCAGAGGGGCUCUCCAUGGAGACAGAUGGAUGCCCCAAGCAGAGGACGACUCCUGCACAAGCUGGCUGAUCUCCUGGAGAGGGACAGAGUCAUCCUGGCAACUCUGGAAACAAUGGACACAGGAAAACCUUUUCUGCAGGCUUAUUUCAUUGACCUGGAAGGCUGCAUCAAAACCCUGCGCUACUAUGCUGGAUGGGCUGAUAAAAUUCAGGGCAGAACUAUUCCAGUGGAUGAAAAUUUUGUCUGUUUCACCCGGCACGAGCCCAUGGGUGUCUGUGGAGCCAUAACCCCAUGGAACUUCCCCCUGCUGAUGCUGGUCUGGAAGAUGGCACCAGCUCUGUGCUGUGGAAACACCCUGGUCGUCAAGCCAGCUGAACAAACCCCGCUCACGGCGCUCUACAUUGGCUCUCUGAUCAAGGAGGUGGGUUUCCCUCCAGGUGUGGUGAACAUUGUGCCAGGCUAUGGCCCCACAGCUGGAGCUGCAAUUUCUACCCAUGACAGCAUUGAUAAAAUUGCUUUUACUGGAUCGACCAAGGUUGGAAAACUGAUCAAAGAAGCUGCUUCCAAGAGCAACCUCAAAAGGGUGACGUUAGAGCUGGGAGGGAAGAACCCCUGCAUUGUGUGUGCAGAUGCAGACUUGGACUUGGCAGUGGAAUGUGCCCACCAAGGCGUGUUCUUCAACCAGGGGCAGUGCUGCACGGCCGCCUCUCGCGUCUUCGUGGAGGAGCAGAUCUACCCCGAGUUCGUCAAGCGCAGCGUGGAGUUUGCCAAGAAGAGACUGGUUGGAGACCCCUUUGAUGCCAGAACUGAGCAAGGGCCCCAGAUUGACCAAAAACAGUUUGAUAAAAUCCUGGAGCUGAUAGAAAGUGGGAAGAAAGAAGGGGCUAAGCUGGAGUGUGGAGGUCUUGCCAUUGAAGACAGAGGCCUGUUUAUAAAACCUACAGUGUUUUCAGAGGUCACUGACAACAUGAGAAUUGCCAAAGAGGAGAUUUUUGGGCCAGUUCAACCAAUUAUGAAGUUCAAGAGUAUAGAAGAGGUGAUAAGAAGAGCCAACAGCACCGAGUACGGACUCACGGCCGCGGUGUUCACCAAGAACCUGGACAGAGCUUUAACCCUGGCUUCAGCCCUGCAGUCAGGAACAGUCUGGAUCAACUGUUACAAUGCUCUCUAUGCUCAGGCUCCUUUUGGUGGCUUUAAAAUGUCAGGCAAUGGCAGAGAACUUGGGGAGUAUGCUCUGGCAGAAUACACCGAAGUGAAAACAGUCACCAUCAAACUCUCCCAGAAGAGUCCAUGA